AUGGAACUACCGGAAACCUGCCUUACAAAUGUUUUCAAGAUAGACAACUUAUCCGAAGUUUCAUACUCUGUAUACCGCAUAUCCUCAACUUUUGGUUCGUCUCCAGCAUGGAGAGUGCUGUCUAAGGCAGAAACGAAUCUACGCCGCAGGGGGAAAUGUGUUACGACAUGCUCCGACUCUUCGGAGUUAUGGCUAUUUCAGAUAGACAACCACGAUACCGACAUUGCAUUCACAUCGGACUCUGGCUAUAACAGUUAUGAUGGGUCCGGUACUGGCGAGAAAGGUUGGGAGCCGAUGGUCUGGGGGCUAGAGGAGAAAACAAAGGAGGUCUUGAAUAUCCACGAAAUCUUUGAGGCUCUAAGGCCAACCCCGUCGGAAAAGCCCGAGGAUUUAUUUCAACUUCAGACCCUUUCACAAAUCGACCCUCUUAUCUCCCCCGGAACCCAACUAGACCCUAUUGACCUUAGCGGGGCUCACCGAGAUGUUUAUAUGUUACAGCAGCUUUCGAAGCAAAGGGGUUCGAAUAUGUCCAUGUCAGCGGUUGGGUCGCCAGUAUCUGCGAGUCGGCAUGGUAGUUCAACAACUGGAACUCCUCACCCCGCCACUACGCGGCCAGUAUCGAAGCAAGAGAUGGUGGGCCAGAAGCUUCUCUUGGCGAUGAUGUCUCUUCUAUCAUAUCGACUAGCAAGCUCCUUUUCAUGGCUACCGCUGAACCUGUGCACUUUCCUCCCAAAAUUCAAAAAAGGACCAGAUGCUGAGCCCGAAAUUCUUUCUUACUCUCCAAUAUCACACGGCCCUACAAUAAUUACAACAGUUUCACUCGGCCUGUCUGACGAUGGUAGCCUACAUGUUACCCCUAAAACAAUAUCACAGAGCGCUCUCCAACGACUAUCGAACACUGAUUUAUCAGAUACAGCCGAGACAGAUGUCUGGCUCGCCCCUGGUGGAGUUAUAGGCCGGCAUAUGCCUAAGUCCAGUAUUGAUGGGCUCUCGCAGGCAACACCAGAAUGGAAGGCUUUUGUUUUGAAGUCGCUAGCCGAUAGGGGGGUUGAUAUUGAGCAACCGGGCUUAACAAAAUGGGCUAAGAUCGGGGUUUGGUCGGAUAUCGAGGGUCUUAUUGAAAUAUUCUGGCCUACAUCUUUGGUUUUCGUAAGGAAGUAUGGAGGAUCUGACAUCGAUUCGUAUCCUGCAAUAUCGCCAACCGGGGCAGUUGAUUUCAAGCUAGGAACCAAUGUCGAUGAACUGAACGACCUCGCCACACAGCUGACCUGGUAUAAUGCUGGAGAUAGCUUAGAAUUUGCCGAGGUGUGGCUAUCGGGGUUAGCAUCUCGAGAUGCCGAGAAGAAACGGAGGUUGGAAGCGCGAAACAAAGCAAUCCCUGUCAUGGAUGUCGACCGUAAACCACCUUUUGCGGCCGCCCCGACGACAGAUAGAUCUGGUACGGUGUAUCCGACACCCCCAGGUGGUCUCUCAGGGAAUGAUAGUCAUCCGACACCUGGCGGGCCUACAACCGCGCCAACUCCAGGACAGACUAAAGUCGCUGAGGAGCCGAUACCAGUAGUGGAACCGCCAACUGCCCCCCCAACGGCAGAGGCAACGGUCAAUGGUGCUGAUAUGGACCUCGACGAUAAUUGGAUGAAAGGUGAUUCUACAAAGGUCAAUGAUGAUAUUUUUGGGGGGCAAGGUGUGGGGAUAGGGGAUGACUUAUUUGAUAUAGAUAUUACGGAGGACGACUUUGGCUUUUUCGAUGAGGUCGGGGGCGAUGGUGGUUUCGCAGACAUGGGAUUGGAAAAACCGCAGGUUUCGACAGAUCUUCAACCAAGACCAACUACAUCGCAUUUGUCCGAGAACAUGAACGAUCUAAAUCUUGGGUUUACUAAUAUCGGUUCCUAUGUAAACGACAAGCUUCUUGACGAUAUGGAUCUUGACGUAGAUGAUAUUGGAGCUGCGAUGGAUAUGCAGGCGGAGAUGCAAAAAGACCCAACACCGACUCAAGCAGGGAGCGAGCAGUCAUCAUCCCAACCAAAUGGUCAGGGACAUAAAUCUGUUCGUUUAGAAACGCAAUCCGACGAUACCCAGCAUAUCAUCGUCCAAGUUGAAACCCCACCCCUUAGUCCACAGAGAGCAAUGAAGUUACUAUUGCUUGAUCCUCAGUCACCCAGGGGGGCCCCUCCACCUUCAAAAGGGCGACUUGUUCUCCCCUUCAGCCGCAGGAAGAGCCUCUACAGUCCAGUGGACUUUGCUUCGUUCAUGGAGAGGUCGGAUGAGAAAUAUAUGGCUGGUGGACGGUUUUUUUGUGCAGAAGACGAAUCUAGCCCCAGAAAGGCCCCAUCAGAAGACCGCCGUUUUAGCGCUACAUUUCCGAGGGUCAAAAAGUAUCGAAAUUCUAGACGGCCCCUCAGCAGGGAUAUCAUGUUUUUAGAAGAUGAUGAAGACCGUAGCGAUCUGAUUCCCGACACCGGAAGCUCGGACGAGGAAAGCUCGAGUACAGACGAAUACGAAAGCGGCGACGAGGAAAUGUUUGAAAUUCGGAACGAAGGAGCUCAGGACAAUUCCCCUUAUUCUACAUCACCAGAAGGUAUUCGACAAGGACUUAAGAGGAAAAGGAUACCCUCAGAACGGGAUUACUGGGGAGGCGGCAACAAAGCACAUGGGGUUGAAGCCUUGAACCACUCUGACAAACUGGAUGGGGCGCCAGAAUGGGCCGAUAUGGCAAAUGUGAAUGACAAGGAUAUAGACAACCUUAGCUCAGCCCAACGGACACUUUGUGACUUUAUCUCAACAGACAUUGCGCUAGAUGGGGUCUUCAAAUUCAUACCCGACAACGACGAUAUAUCGAAUCGGCUAUCAUCCCAAGACUUCAGCCAUGUUGUGGGUUUAUUACAAGAACAGAUCGUUUGGAACACAUACCUGAUAUCAACAUUUUGCCCUGGAAGCCCUUCUUUUGGGCGUAUAUCAAGUAUAGAGUUCGAUGCGAAUGGGAUCAACGACCGAGCAGAACAAACCCUUAGACUUCGAAAACAAUCUAUGCGGCAUCAAGACGAUAUGGAAGAUUUGUUAACAGACCUUUUUGGGACAUUGACUACGAGGUGUUCACUAGAAACGCUAGUAUACGGCGCUAUCGGUCGCCCCAAAAACUCCAUUUACGGUGUCAGCCCUGGACUCAUGGAUCCGCACGGCCUUUCGACAGGAUUAACCCCGAUUAAUCGACCCAAAUCAUCAUCGGACGCGAACAGCAGCCCUUCGUUGCUCUUCAAAAUUAGUGCACCACACGUACAUGUUCAUAGAAACGCCACAAUGCCAAAUAGUGCUAUCGAGCUAUUACCGCCAGCCCUACAUUUCUGGGAUACGUUCGGCCUCACGCCCCAUAGUGGGCCGAAGGACUUACUUAUGGCUGCCGUUUUCCCGAUAGAUUCGGGGCUAGCGACCGCGGCGAGAGUCUACUUGGAAGGAUUUAGUUCGACCUAUGAGAAUUGCCGGCUGGGUGAAAUUCUCCCCGUUAAGACAAGCCAAAUCCUUGAUGGUUUACAUGGAAUAGCGUUCCAGGGUCAAGGAAAACAACAAACCAUCGAUGAAAAGACUAUGUUGCGAAGAUAUUGCGAUGGUAUCAUCAGAUUAGGUGAAACUCUAGUUGAAAUCGAAGAUGAGUUACAGAACGUAGUGCUAUUCGUUGUAAACCCGUUUGAUACACCAUCUUCAGUUCUGGAAAUCUGUACCGCUUUCCACAUGCUCAAGAAAGCCUACGUGAGCGCCUUGAACUCAUCGCUUCGUAUCUUUCCGAACAACAUCAUCCUUCAAAUAGUGCCUAUCAAAAAUAUGGCAGUAUACGACGGUCUAGUGGUGCAGAGCCAUAACCAAUCGAUCCGGUGCGCCCUCGAGGUAUAUGAAAGGUGCACAUUAACAAUUCAGGAUCAUCUUUCACAGACAUUCCCGCAAGAGACAUAUUCGCCAUCUGUUACACUCGCAAAACUACCCCCAAAAUCAAUAGCAUUUAGGGUUUCGUCGGAUCCUUCACCUGCGAUCCUUCAGGAAAACAUGUGCCUUCACAUGGCCUACGCUCAAAGCAUAGAUGAACGGUGGAUAUCGGUUGCUUGGGGUGACGAUUGCGGCGAUAUCAAAGAAGUAGGGAACUUCUGUUUAGGAAUGCCCGGAACAGUUGUACUACGUGCUUUUGAGGACGUGUGUCGAGAGAUUUGGGCUGUGACAAAUAAAAUUAUAUCAAAAAAGCGGGUGCAUUGGCGCAUCUCACUUGUCAAAGUUGGUGCCAUUGAUGACGAUGAAAUUGAAUUUUGGAUGAAACUUUCACACGACUGUCCAGUUCCAAACACCCUAACAGUUUUCUCGUCCGACCCGUCACCGCCUCUAACAUUCAAAUAUGCCAUCCCUUCAAUAAUGCCUCAGGCAUUUAAUGGACAAGCACAGCUUGUUGGGACGCCUGGAGCAACGCCCCAGUCUUCAGGCGUGUCACCAGAUCAAUUCGGAGCCUCGUCUUCUCAAGGAGGUGCUCUCACGCCGGGCGAUACUCCCGCCCCAGAAGUAGAUAACGACAUGGCGCUCGUCGACUUCACGGAUGAAACAUGGGGUGCUCUACUUCAGCAUCCAUUAAACAACUCAGAUUCGACAAUUGUAACCCGUCCAGCGCUGGCCAGCGGGUACCUUAUUAAACGGAGUGGACCGAACGAGACAGAUGAGCCUGCAGUUCUGGCAGUGUCAUUAAUUCGUGUGGGACAGCGUGGGCUCGGGGUAUCAGCGUCCAUGGCACAGCAGCAGCCGCCCGUUAUUUCGAAGUCAAACGAGGAUGUGUUAAGAGAAAUUCUUACACAAUAUAGGGGGCUUGUUACUCUGGCGCAGCACUUCGGUGUAACCGACAUGAUGAAAGAAGUUUUACCGUGGCAUAUUGCAGCGGUUAUGAAAUGUCGGGAUGUAUUUUCUUGUGUCCUAUAA